AUGCAGAUGCAGAUGCAGAUGCAGCAGCAGCAGGAGAAAGGAAGUCCAACCGCCACAGCCACAGCACCAGCACCAGCAGCACCAGCAGCAACAGCAGCAGCAGCAGCACCACCACCACCUCCACCACCACCAGCAGCAGCACCACCACCAGCAGCAGCAGGAGCAGCAGCAGGAGCAGCAGGAGCAGCAGGAGCAGCAGGAGCAGCAGCAACAGCUCACAACUCUCCACCCAAGAACCUCCGCUAG